CUAUAUUUCACCUUGGAAUGAAAAGAUAUGCAUGUUCUCAGGGUAAGAAGGCCUUUGGUUGGAGCUCAGAUGUUGAUAAAUCUCAGAAGAUUCAUACUGGGGAGAGGUUUUAUAAAUGUGAUGAAUGUGGGAAGGCUUUCUCCUACAGAUCACUCUUUAUUGGCCAUCAGAGAUUCCACAAUGGAGAGAAACCUUUUGAAUGUAAUCAAUGUGGAAAAGCUUUCAGGCACAGAUUCAGUUUUGCUGCACAUCAGAGAAUCCAUAAUAGAGAGAAGCCUUAUAAAUGUAUUCAAUGUGGAAAAGCUUUGACACAUAGCUCCUAUCUCACUGCAUAUCAGAGAAUCCACACUGGAGAGAAACCUUUUGAAUGUAAUCAAUGUGGAAAGGCUUUCACUCAAAGAUGCCAUCUUGCUGCACAUCAGAGAAUCCACACUGGAGAGAAGCCUUAUCGAUGUAAUCAAUGUGGAAAGACUUAUAAAUUUAGGCAGAAUCUUGCUACCCAUCUGAAAAUCCACAGUGGAGAGAAGACUUAAAGAUGUAAUCAGUGUGGAAAGGCUUUCAAAUAUAGCUCCAAGCUUGGUAAACAUCAGAGAAUGCACACUAGAGAUACACCUCAGUGGUGUGAUGAAUAUGGCAGAGCCCUUAGUUACCACUUGUCUUGAGAGAAACUUUGAAUAUCAUCAAGGUGGUAAUGCCUUCAGGCAACAAUCAUCUCUCAUUUCCUAUCUCAGAAUUCAUAUGAGACAGAAAUCUGGUGAUUGUCAUGAGUAAGGAAAGGCAUUCACAUGGAGUUCAGAACUUCUUGAGUAUCAGAGGAACCAUUCUGAGGAGUAUUUCCCUUGGGACUCAGUGUGGGAAGGCUUUCAGCUAGAGACCAUCUCUUUCUAUCAGAGGCUUCAUUGUGAGGAGAAGCCUUACAAACAUGCUCAGAGGGUCUCUGCUUUCCUCUGGAGGAGAGUGAUCAGUAAACAAAUUAAUUCUUACUGGAAUGAAGGUUGAUUCAUGCAAAAUGUGAAAAGGGCUUCGCCUAGAGUGUCUGCUUGAAUACACUUUGGGAAAAUCAUGCUGGAGAUAAGUCAGGGAUUUAAUUAACAGAAGAAGGCCUCCUGCUGCCACACAGAAUUUCAUUGGACCUCCUAAGAGAAGAGACCUCAUUAAACAUCCCAAAUUCCACCCUGUGCAUUAAGAACUAUAAAUACACCGAUUUUUGUGGGAAAUCCUAAUUUUUUUCAUCCCUCCUCAGUAUACGAUGGUAUUUAUAGAGUAUCAUUUCUUCAGCCAUUCCUCCAUUAAUUGGCGCUCACUUUGUUUCCUGUACUUUACAGGCACAAAGUUCUUUGUAUAAACAUUGUGGGUACUGUUGGAUGUUAAUUUCUUUAAUGAUUUUUUGAAGCAGCUUAUUUGGUAAAAAUCAUCAGGAAAACUGGAAAGAAAUAUGUCAGAAAUUGGACAGAGACCAGUAUCUCACAUCAUUAAGAAAAUAAGGUCAAAAUGGAUAUGUGAUGUAGUACGCAGAGAGAUUUUAUAAGAAAAUUUGAAGGACAUGGAACAUAUUACCUAGCAGACAUGAAUAGAGUACAAUUUCUGAAGAAACUAGAGACGGAGAGCAGUUACAAGUAGGAUGGAUAAUUUUGGUGGCAUUAAAUUAAAAAAGGUUUUGUACAAAUAAAACAAAUGUAGCCAAGAUCCAGAAAGAAAAAGCAAAUUGGGUAAAAAAAUUUAUAUACAGUUUCUCAGUCUCAUAACUCAAAUAUACAAAGAUCUUUGUAAAAUCUAUAAGAAUGCAAGUCAUUCCCCAAUUGAUAAAUGGUGAAAGGAUAUGAACAGGCAGUUUUCAAAUGA